GAACAGGUAUGUGCAAAGCUGGUUUCGCCGGCGACGAUGCACCCAGAGUUAUUUUCCCCUCCGUCGUCGGUCGUCCUCGCCAUGAAGGUGUGAUGGUUGGUACAGGACAGAAGGAUUCGUAUGUUGGCGACGAAGCUCAAAGUAAAAGAAGUAUCCUUACCUUGAAACACCCCAUCGAACACGGCAUCGUCACAAACUGGGAUGAUAUGGAAAAGGUAAGUUUUUGUGCUUUGUUUCAUUUUCUUGAUUUUGCUUCGACUUGUGGGUUAACGCCCAUUCUUCUAUUUGUUUCAGAUCUGGCAUCACACAUUUUACAAGGAACUUCGAAUAGCACCAGAAGAACGACCCGUCCUCCUUACUGAAGCUCCCAAAAACCCAAAACACAACCGAGAAAAAAUGACACAGGUAAAAAGUACACGAUUAAUAAUAGCCAUAUUUGUACUUUAAAAGAUUGACGAUAAAUUCCCUGGGAAUUAA